AAUACCAGUCUUGCAGAGUUAAGAUUGCAGAGCUCUUGUAAAGAGCAGGAAAGGAGAGACACUCAAUAUAGCAAUUUUCUCUUUCCUUCAAAGGUAGACACAGCCGGCCUGGGGACAAGCUGGCAUAAUCUCAUUGCUCUAGCGUAUAUGAGGGGCAUGGAAGAUACCGUAGUCCUACCUCAAUUAGUCAAGAAGUUGUAUUUUUCUUGACUUCUGAGCUUUGAUGCACACUGUGUCUGCAAAAUCUUUCUCGCCAAUUUUGAUCUCAUAAGUUUUUCUCUCAUACAACUGAUUCUUUGAAAUGGAAAUCGCGACUACUGUUGGAGGCAGUAUCCUCUCUGCUUGCUUCCAGAGUAUCCUCGACAAGUUGAACUUCAUUGACUUCGGGAAAUAUGUCGGCCAGGGGCAUGUCUUGAAUCAACUCAACAGGUGGGAGAAUAUGCUCAAGAGAAUUCACGCCGUGCUUGAUGAUGCAGAGGAGAAGCAGAUGGCAAAUCGGUUGGUAGAGUUGUGGUUAAGCGACCUCAGAGACUUGGCGUAUGAUCUAGAGGACAUCGUUGAUGAACUUGACACGAAGGUUCAGCGAUGCAUGUUAGAACCCAAACUUGUUCGUUCAAAUAAGGUGCAAAAAUUCUUUUCUGUUAUACGUGAUGGGUUGAAUCUGGAUACUGUUAAGUUCAAUUCCAAGAUGGUCUCCAAGAUAGGGAAAGCUAGUGCCAGAUUAGAUGCGAUCAUAAAACAAAAAGAUGACCUACGUUUAGGAGAGUCCAUGGGAAGGAGGGUCAGCCUUGUGAGAGAAAGACCACCUUCAACCUCUUUGGUGAAUGAAGCAAAGAUUUAUGGUAGGGAGGAAGAUAAGAAGGCGAUGCUAAAAUUGUUUGAUGCUGAAGCAAGUGAUGCAGAGGUCUCUGUGAUUCCCAUAACUGGGAUGGGGGGCGUUGGCAAGACAACUCUAGCUCAGCUCAUCUACAAUGAUCCCGCUUUGGAUUUUGAUUUGAAAUUUUGGGUUUCUAUUGGCGAAGAUUUCGAUGUCUUCAGGAUCACCAAAACAAUUUUUCUUCAAUUGGAUGAUCGUGCUGAUGAUAAGGAUUUGAAUUCAAUCCAGUUGAAAUUAAAGCAGAGGCUGGUUGGACAAAAAUUUUUAGUUGUCCUGGAUGACGUCUGGACCGAGAACUAUGAGGAAUGGACUCUGUUUCGGGGUCCUUUUGAAGCGGGGGCACCUAAAAGCAGAAUCAUUGUCACAACUCGGAGUCAGGAGGUUUCAUUGAUGAUGGGCACUACUCCAGCUUAUCCUCUCAAGGAGCUAUCAUACAAUGAGUGCUUGUAUGUGUUUGCCCAACAUGCUUUGGGAACAAGAAGUUUUGACGAGCACUUCGAGUUAAAAGAAAUGGGUGAAGAGAUUGUGAAAAGAUGUGGAGGAUUACCUUUGGCAGCAAAAGCUCUUGGAGGGCUCUUAAGAGGUAAACGAAAUCCUAAUGCGUGGAAGGAAGUGUUGAAAAGUGAGAUAUGGGAUUUACCUGACGAAAAGAGCAAUAUUCUUCCAGCCUUAAGGUUGAGUUAUCUUCAUCUCCCUCCCCAUUUGAAACGUUGCUUCGGUUAUUGUGCAAUUUUGCCAAAGGAUCGUGAGUUUGAUAGGAAUGAGUUAGUUUUGUUAUGGAUGGCUGAGGGUUUCUUAUAUGACCCAAAGAAAAUGGAGGAGACAGAAGGUUUGGGUCAUCAAUAUUUUGAUGAUUUAUUAUCAAGAUCGUUUUUCCAACAAUCUAAUGAUAAUAAAUCAUACUAUAUAAUGCAUGAUCUAAUUAUUGAUUUAGCUCGCUUUGUUAGUAGAGAAACAUGUUUGCAUAUGGUUGAUAAGUUGGAGAGUGCAAAAUCAUAUACAAAGAUUCGACAUUUAUCAUUCAUUCUUCAUGACAGAAAUACUUUCCAAAGUUUGCAAAGCUUUUAUGAAAUGAAAAGUUUGCGAACAUUUUUGUCAUUGAAUUACACUUACUUAUCUAGUAAGGUGGUGCAUGAUUUGGUGCCAAAGUUACAAUGCUUAAGGGCACUGUCCCUAACUUCUUAUGAUUUUCAAGUGUUACCGGAUUCUAUUGGUGCUUUGAAGCAUUUGCGAUACCUUGACUUGUCAUAUACUCCAAUCAAAAGAUUGCCUAACUCAGUGGAUAAACUCUUCAACUUACAAACAUUGAUGUUGCGUCAUUGUGUUGAGCUUAUUGAGUUACCUAGAGGCAUCUGUAAUUUACUCAACUUGCGGUAUCUUGAUAUUACUGGCACAUCAAGUUUGCAAGAGAUGCCACCACAUAUCGGUAAUUUGACUGGUCUCUGUAUGUUGCCUAAGUUUAUCGUGGGGAAAUGCAACAGAAGGAUAACAGAAUUGAAGAAACUUUCUAAUCUACAAGGGCAGCUUCACAUUACAAGUUUAGAGAAUGUGGUAGAUAUUGGAGAUGCAGAUUCUGCCAAUUUGAAGCAUAAACUUGGUGUCACUGAAUUAGUCUUGCAAUGGACUAAUGAAUUUUCCUCUGUUUUCAGAAACUCGAGUGAUGAAGAGCAAGUUCUCAACUCACUUCGGCCACAUCAAAGUCUAUCAAGCCUUUCAAUUAGAUCAUUUGGGGGAAGGCAAUUCCCAUUGUGGCUAGGAGAUGCCUCAUUCACUAGCAUGGUGCAGGUGGAGCUGAGCACUUGUCCUCAAAUCACAUUAUUGCCACCGCUUGGACGACUGCACUUACUGAAAAGGCUGACCAUAGAACGUCUGACUGCAGUGAAAGAAGUGGGUGUUGAGUUUUACGUGGAUGAUUCAUGUUUUCCUUGUUUGGAGACUAUAGAGAUUAGUUAUAUGGAUCAUUGGGAGUUGUGGUCUUGGUCUAAUGGUUUGGGUGAAGAUUCUGUGGCAAAAUUUCCUAAGCUACGUGAGUUUCGAAUACGAUAUUGUCCCAAGUUGGUUGGAAAAUUGCCCACCUCUCUUCCCUCCCUGGAAGAACUUAGUAUUUUUGGUUGCCCGCGGUUAGUUGAUUUACCAAAAGGGCUGCCUUCCUUGAAAGAACUACAUGUGCUGAAUUGUCCACAGUUAGUUGAUUUACCAGAAGGGCUUCAGUCUCUUAUAACACUAUCUAUUAUUGGAAGUCAAGAGGCAGUUCUCAGGAAUGUGUCUUAUGCCACCUCUCUCACUACCUUGGAAAUUGCAGGUAUGUCAGGACUCGUGAGAUUAGAUGAAGCCAAAAUAAAGACACUGGGGGCACUUCAAGUGUUGGAGAUUAGGAAUUGUGGUGAACUGAGAUACUUGUGGGCUGAUGAAACCAAUUCAGACUAUCUCACUAGUCUAAAGGAUUUGAAAAUUCACCAAUGUAAUCAGCUUGUGUCAUUAGUAAAUGGAGAGGAAGGGCUUUUGCCUUGCAAUCUUGAAAGUUUGAAUAUUUCUCAGUGUCGUUAUUUGGAGGAGUUGCCAAGUGGUCUGAGCAACCUCAAAUCUCUCCAAUAUUUGAGCAUUCACUCAUGUGCAAGUUUAGUCUCCUUCCCAGCAAGGGGUUUGCCAGACAGUUUGAUAACUGUCAAUAUCGAAAUAUGCCGUUCUUUGGCAUUCCUGCCUGAGGGAAUUAUCGGAGGAAAGAUGUCUCAUCUUGAGGAAUUGUAUUACAUCGGAUGCCCCCCUUCUCUCAGGUUCUCUCCAAAUGGUCGGCUUCCUGAUUCCCUUAAGAUUCUUGCAGUUGACUACUGGACGACACAAUCAUUAAACUCCCUUUAUUAUGGGCUUUCUCAUCUCACACAACUAAGAAUAGACAACUGUCUUGAACUAGAGUCGUUUCCAGAGAGGGAAUUGCCCAUCCCUACUCUUAUCUCUUUAAAGAUUUCCUACUGUGGAAGACUGAGAUCUCUAACCAAUCAUAUGCAAGACCUCCAGUGUCUCCAAAGUUUACAGAUAUGCUGCUGUGAUCAAUUUGAGUUGUUUCCAGAAAUGGGAUUGCCCAACCCCAAGCUUGUCUCUUUGAAAAUUAUGUUCUGUGAAAAUUUGAGGUCUCUACCCAGUCAGAUGCAAAAUCUCACUUCCCUUCGAUAUUUAGAGAUAUCAAAUUGCAGAGUGUCAUUUCCAGAAGGCUGUUUACCUCCAAACCUAGCUGAGCAUUCAUAUGUGUGAAUCUGACACAGCCAAUUCCAGAGUGGGAACUUGACGGUCUAGAAAAUUGGGCAUAGAUUUGUAUCCCACGUUUGCAUCUCUGAAUUCAAGUUCAAGAAUCUGAAAUCCAUAUUCAGGGUAUCCAAAGCGUCAGUUCUCUUCAAAUCUUGCAUACUGUGGCGCCUGGGACUCCAGUUCUUGGAUGAGGUAAAGGAGAUUAUUUGCCUAUCAUUUUCCCAUAUCUCCUGUAAUAAGACAUCUGCAUCAUUCUAACAAUCAGGAUCAUUUGAAUGAUUCUCGAGUCAAUGUCCUGUUUCUUGUCAGAAUGGUAUUCUGGUUCUGAUUUUGGUAUUUGCUUAACAAAUGGAAUUCUGAAAGAAUCAUAUUCCCUUCCUUCUGAAUCAUAAUUUCUUAUAUAGCUUCUUUCAGGUUUUGAAAACGGCUACGAUGCAUGGAAACUGGAGGCGGGAGCGUUUCCCCGUUCCGGAAACGUUUCCUCUCCGGAAACGUUUCCUCACCGGAAACAGUCGGACACGGCGAGGAAACGUCUUCGGGCCAUUUCCGUAAUUCCUUGAAAUUGGAAACGCGUUUCCUCAGCCGGACACGCGUUUCUUUAAAAAAAAAAACAAAAAAAGUCACACCUCUAGGAAGAAAGGAGAAAGCAAAGAAAAAAGAAGAAGAAGAAGAAGAAGAGGAGAAGGAGGAGGAGUACUUGUGCGGCAGCGUGCCGGCGAUGGGAGGUGACUGGUCUCUGCCUUCCCUAUCCGAUGCUGCUCUGCCAAUCAGCCUCCCUUCCCCGACGGCGCUGCACCUUUUUCAUGGCUCUGCUCCUUGCCCGAAUCUCCUAUUUGAAAUUUUUUUUAAUCAUUAUUUUUUUUUUCAAUUUUCACUAUAUUAAAACAUCCAACCUUUUAUUUUUAGUAUUUUAAUAUUAAUUUUAUUAUUCUAUAUAUUUAUUGUUUCAAUUAUUUAUAAUUAUAAAUAUAUAAAUAAUUUAAUUAAAUAAUUAAUUUCAUUAUUUUUUUUAAUAUUUAAAUUUGUUAUAUAUAUAUAUAUGUUAUUUAUUUAUAAAUAUAUCCCUAUAUUUUUUAUAUUUACGCGUUUCCCUCACAUUUCUGUUUCCUAUAUUUUUGAAAAUGCCGUUUCCCAGUGUCCGUUUCCGCGUUUCUCCGUGUCCGCGUUUUCUUUUCCGUGCUACAUAGGAAAACGGCAACUUGCUUGCUCUUUCAGUGAAAUGCAAUAAAAGGGAUUUUAAUGGGUUGUCUAGUAUGCUGUGCUAAUUCUGGUUCUGAUUUCAGUAUGUCAUCACAGAAAUGGUAGAAAGUGAGCUCAAGACUUCUGCAGAUUUGGGUGGGAUUCACUGAAGAUGAUGAUAAAAGCAAAAUACUUGCAUUUUCAUUACAUUAUCAAAGGGACAUUUGAAGAGUUGCUUUAAAUGAGAUUCAGGCCUAGCCAUCUUGAAAAUCAAGCCACGAACUUUUUCCAAUGAUCCUGUCUGUGUUUCGUGAGCUGAUUGUGAGCUUCUAAUCUCUACUAGAACAUUUUACUGAUGUAAUUCUUAUGUUUAUUAAAACUCUGAGUGAACAUGAAAAAUUAACACAUUCAGUGAACACAAACGAAGGAAGAGUUAUCAUGCAUUCCAAAUA